UUUAUUUCGACUCGUAUUUUAACCAAUCAACGCAAACCUUCGAACUUUUCAAGAUGCCGUCGGAAGAGGGCAUGGUGACGAAGCUUUUUGCGGGCUUCCUCUGUGUGUGCUGCUGGCUGCAUGGGGCCACGGUAGGCGUUGCUGUGGGCGACGCGUUGGAUCUGGCGCAGUUCUUCGUGCUGUCGUUGGGGGUGUGCUUCUCCAUCUCAGCCAUCUACCCCACGUCGCGGCGACUCGCAGCGUCGAUCCUGUUCCUCGCGUGUGCAGUGUUCCUGAGUUCCCUCGUCAAGUCCAUCGUGUUCUUCCGCACACCGAAUCACUUGAACGCCGUGCUUCCGGACAUCGGUCACGACUUCUUGCCGCCCGUGCCGUUCCCGCCGCAGGUGCUCCUCGUACUCGUGUGCACCGCGACCGCCGUCUUCGUGGCGUUCCAUCCGUCCAAGAUGGUCAUAAUGCGUCGGUUGUUGCUCAUCUAUGCGACGUUGAUCAUGGCCCGUACCGUCUUGGCGCUCAUGACGUUUCUCCCCGACUCGAACCCGAGCUGCCUCGCCGAAGAGAAGUCGGUCAGCGCCAAGGAGGUCGUCCAGCACUUCCUCGUCUCCCGUCGAGGCUUUGUCGAAUGGAUCGACCACCAGCGCAACACGACCCUCCACGGCUGCCGCGACACCAUCUACUGCGGCCACUCGACGCUGCUCGUGCUCUGCGGCAUGACGUGGCACACGUACUAUCAACGGGUGGAAGCCCCCGUCAACUGGGUCAAGUCUAUUGUAUGGGUCUUUGCUAUCAUGGCCAUGGUAGGCAGGCACACCUUCAACUCUGCGCUUUUCAAUCAUCGAAUCUUUCACUCUAUUCUUUCAAUUCAUUUAUUAUAUAGUUUCAUCUAUUAUUUGGCUUAGUAUAUCAUUUCAUUCAUCUAUUCUUUCACUGCAUCAAUUCUUUUCAAUUCAUUUAUUUCUAUAGUUUCAUCUAUUAUUUGGUUGCAUCUAUUCUUUCGAUUAAUUUAUUUUAUAGCUUCAUCUAUUAUCUUAGUGCAUCUAUCCUAUCGCUUCAUCUAUUAUUAUAUAGAGUAUAUUUAUAUAUAUAUAUUGUGAAUUGUUCGUAUUUAGGUGAGUUCUCUGGGAAGAAGAGAAACGUACACGCUGGAUGUGGUGCUUUCGACGUACUUUGCUGUCACUACUUGGGCCACGUACCAUCGACUAGCCAACGACGUACUCACAGGACACGUGUUUACGAGCGUGUGGUUGAUUGAUAAGAUGAUUGUGUAUCCGCUGGUGGAGUGGAUGGAAGCUGAAGGAGGCCCGAAGACACCCCGGUCGAGUAAAAACGUGCGGUUGUAUCGACGCGAUACCAAGGACCACGAAGAAUGGACGGCGGCCGUGCCACGCCAAAAAAACACGUUCCGAACAAGCGAGUAUUAGGACGAUAUCGUUCCGAAUAGAGGUAGCAGACGUUUCAUAUAACUUGUGGCAGACAAUCAAUCGACCAAUCAAAGCCCAGACAGAGCACGACUUAUUCAUAAUAACGUAAAGCAAACAUCGUCAACAAAUUAGUGUGAAAGAAAA